GCUGCUGUCAUGUCUCGGAGCCCCUCCAGCAGCUCUGUGGAUGACAAGACCUCUCUCCUGGAGUACCGAUGCCACCCCGUGCGGCCGGAGCCCCCCAGCCCAACCUCCCCCACCGGGAAGCGCAGCUCCACCACGGCGUCCAACGCCGCCUCGCUCUCGGCAAUGGGCUCUUCCACCACAGCCGAGCCCCGCCGCAUCGUCCUCAGCACGGACAGCCCGGCCGCGCUGAAGGUGGGAACCCAGCAGCUGAUCCCCAAAAGCUUGGCUGUCUCCACCAAGACCAAGACCAACCCCUCCCGGCACCAGAGCUUUGGGGCAGCUGGCUCGCGCCAGGAGCCCCUGAGCCCCGACCCGAAGCGGACAUCUGUCCCCAACCUCUCCCUGGAGGCGGAGGUGGAGGAUGACGGUGGGGGGGCCCUCAAGCGCAACCUGAGGAACAUGUCCUACCGCGCGGCCAUGAAGGGCCUGGGCGAGGAGCCGGAGCCGGCGAGCACCGUCCCCUUGCUGAAGCCUGUGUCGGAGGAGGGCAGUGCCAUGCCGGCCCGCAGCCCCGGCAGGAACAAGAGAACCUUUGGGCGGAGGCGCAGCUCCACCACGGCGUCCAACUUCAAGGACCAGCCCCGGCUGUAUCAGGAAAUCCGUGAGAGAGGCCUGAACUCCAUCAGCCAUGAGUCAGAUGAGGAUUUGCUGGAGGAAUCCAUCCCAGAAGAGCCGUCCCCUCCGGAUGCUGUUAUCGUGGUGCGGAGCUAUCGCCCGGCACAAGUGACCUGGAGCCAGCUCCCAGAGGUGCUGGAAGCGGGCAUCCUGCAGCAGAUCUCGCCCGAAGAGCGCAAACGGCAGGAGGCGAUGUUUGAGAUCAUCACGUCUGAGUACUCCUACAUGCACAGCCUGAACAUCCUGGUGUGCCACUUCAUGAGGUCGGAGGAGCUGAGGGAGACCAUGACUCAGACGGAGCACCACCACCUCUUCUCCAACGUCGGCGACAUCCUGGCGGUCAGCACCAGCUUCUUUGGAGACUUGGAGAAGCGGCACCAGGAAAACCUCCUGAUUCCUGACAUCAGCGACAUAGUGGAAGAACACGCCUUGAACCGCUUCAACCCCUACGUCAGCUACUGCUCCAAUGAAGUCUACCAGCAGAGGACCCUCCAGAAGCUGCUAACCACAAACCCCUUAUUUAAAGAGACCUUGAAACAAAUUGAAAGGAAACCAGAAUGUGGAGGCCUGCCAAUGAUCUCAUUUCUCAUUCUCCCUAUGCAGAGGGUAACACGGCUUCCUCUGCUCUUAGAUACUGUCUGUCAAAAAACAAAAGCAUGCACUGCAGCGUACGGAGCUGCCGCCAGAGCUCUGAAAGCCAUCAGCAAGCUGGUUAAGAACUGCAAUGAGGGAGCUCGUGCUAUGGAGAGGACAGAGCAGAUGUACACCCUGCAGAAACAGCUGGAAUUUGGGAAGAAGAAGCCUUGCCCAGUGUCCUGUGCGCCCCGCUGGCUGCUGAGGGGGGGGGGGCUGUCCCUGCUGCUGUCGGAAGAGGCGGGCAUCUUCCGCCGAGGCGCCGGCAGGCUCUGCCACCUCUUCUUGUUCAACGACGUCCUGAUCAUAACCAAGAAGAAGAGGAGCGACCGGGCCCGCUGGAUUGCUGCGCUGAUGCACAGAGAAAAGGAGAAGCCCGACACCACCCCCAAAGGAGAGCUGAGCCAAGUGGAGAUAACCCAGACAUACCUGGCUAAACAGGCGGACGAGAUUUCCCUGCAGCAGGCUGAUGUUGUCCUGGUGUUGGGGGGCGAGGAUGGCUGGUGCUGGGGUGAGAGGCUGCGGGAGGGGGAAAGGGGCUGGUUUCCCCAGUCCUGCGCUCGGCAGAUCACCAGCCGCACGGCAGUGGAGUGCAACGUCCGCCGCAUGGAGCGGCUGGGGACUGAACCCAUAGCGAGAAGGGAGCGGGAGAUCCUUUCUUCUUGA